AUGGGCAAAUACGGGCGUGAAGUAAUAUCGGUACAUAUCGGUCAAGCCGGUGUUCAAAUCGGUAAUGCAUGUUGGGAAUUGUAUUGUCUGGAACAUGGCAUACAGCCUAAUGGUGUGAUGAUCGAAGAUCCAACAUUGGAUGACCAGGAAAAUUCGUUUAACGCUUUUUUUGCUGAAACGAGCAACGGUAAACAUGUACCUAGAGCUGUUUUUGUUGACUUGGAACCAACAGUUGUCGACGAAAUAAGAACAGGAGCAUACCGAAGCCUGUUCCAUCCAGAACAGCUAAUCACUGGUAAAGAAGAUGCAGCAAACAACUAUGCUCGUGGUCAUUACACUGUCGGUCGAGAAAUCAUUGAUUCUUGUGUCGACAGAAUUGAAAGAAUGGCAGAAGUUUGUGAAGGUCUUCAAGGAUUUUUAAUUUUUCAUUCGUUUGGUGGCGGAACAGGAAGCGGAUUUUCUGCUUUACUGAUGGAAACGUUAUCAGUUGAUUAUGCAAAAAAAUCAAAGCUAGAAUUUAGCAUCUAUCCUGCCCCGCGAAUCAGCACUGCUGUAGUAGAACCGUAUAACUCAAUUCUGACUACACAUACUACGUUGGAGCAUUCAGACUGUUCAUUUAUGGUUGACAAUGAAGCCAUUUAUGAAAUAUGUCGUCGUAAUUUAGGAAUAUCGCGACCGACUUAUACAAAUCUAAAUCGUCUGAUCGCUCAAAUUGUCUCGUCGAUAACUGUAUCAUUGCGUUUUGAAGGUGCACUAAAUGUCGAUCUUGCAGAAUUUCAAACCAAUCUUGUACCUUAUCCAAGAAUUCAUUUUCCACUUGCAACUUAUUCGCCGAUUGUGUCCAGCGACCGGGCGCAUCACGAGCAGUUUUCUGUUCCUGAAAUCACAAGUCAAUGUUUUGAGCCAGGUAAUCAAAUGGUAAAAUGUGAUCCAAGGCAGGGAAAAUUUAUGGCCUGUUGUCUGCUGUAUCGCGGUGAUGUCGUUCCAAAGGAUGUAAAUGCAGCAAUCGCAAUGAUAAAAACAAAAAGAUCAAUUCAAUUUGUUGACUGGUGUCCGACAGGAUUUAAAGUAGGCAUCAAUUAUCAACCACCAACAGUGGUGCCAGGGGGCGAUCUAGCAAAGUUACAGCGAUCUGUCUGUAUGCUUGCAAAUACUACGUCAAUUGCCGAGGCUUGGGGUCGGCUUGAUUACAAAUUCGACUUGAUGUAUGCUAAACGUGCUUUUGUACAUUGGUAUGUUGGAGAAGGAAUGGAAGAAGGUGAGUUUGCUGAAGCUCGAGAAGACCUGGCUGCACUAGAGAAGGAUUAUGAGGAAGUGGGAAUCGAUUCGUUCGACAACCACUUCUGA